UAGGCCGCCCCUCCCUCCUCCACUCUUCCAGCCUUGCCCUAGGGAUUUAUUCUCUUCCCCUCCCCCGCUGGAGCCCAAGCCUCGCUCUCGCUGCAGUCGCUCUCCAAGGUCGUCCCUUCUCCCCUCCCCCUCCUCCACAGGUCCCCGCAUCUCUGAUACAUUUAUACAUGGCUUCACUACCAGGACAGGUGGGAUAUCUUACAUACCCACGCUCAGUUCUUUCAAUCUCUUCAGUAGUACUAAGCGUAAAGAUCCCAAGGCCGUUGUUCAAGAAAAUCUGCGCAGAUUGGCUCAAGCGGCAGGGUUUGACCCUGAAAAAUUUCACCGCAUAAAGACUGAUCAUGCCAAUAGUGUUUGGAUAAUGGGCAAGAAGGAACCUGAUUAUUAUGAUGGACUAACCACCAACCAGAGAGGUGUCACCAUAGCAGCUCUUGGCGCAGAUUGUAUGCCUUUGGUUUUUGCAGAUCCUGUUAAAAAAGCAUGUGGUGUUGCCCAUUCCGGAUGGAGGGGUACGUUGUUAGGGAGUUGCUAUGCUACCGUCAAUGCUCUGGUAGCGGAAUAUGGCUGUCGCCUGGAAGAUAUUCUUGUUGUAAUGGGCCCUUCGGUGGGACCUUGUUGUUUUACUCUUCCGAGAGAUUCAGCAAAGGCCUUUUAUAAUAUCGAUCCUCAAUGUGUAAGACAAAUUGAUUCACCAAAUCCCUAUGUUGACUUACGUAGAGCCACUCGAAUUCUUUUAGAACGAGGAGGAAUUCUUCACUCAGAAUAUUCAAAGGUGAUUCGAUCUGAACAGAACCAAAAUCUUGACCUUUGUACAUCUUGUAAUCCUGAUAUGUUCUUCUCUCAUGUCCGAGAUGGCAUUAAUUUUGGGUCACAAAUGGGCUUCGUAUUAAUAAGAGAGUAAAU